ACGUAUUUGAAAAAGAAGAAUUUUCUAUCUACAMAUAAAAUUAAUUCAAGAUAUACAGGAAAAGAUAUACUAAAAACGUCGAAUUUAUUUUUUGUCUAGACAUAAUUUUAAUUCAUUUUUAUUAUGUUAUAAGAAAACAUAAAUGCAUUUUUAUUCAGCUUCAAAGUCAUCAAAAUUGUAAGAGAAAAAUUAAACUUUAAUCUAGUGGCACGCUAGCCAGCUCCGCGGGGGAAACAUUUUUUUUUUGAAGUUUUUCUAUCCUUAAGUUAUACAAAUUCUGUUUACAUUUCUUAAUUUUAUAAUAUCAAGGAAGGUAUUUGGCAAUUCAAAAGUUUCCUAUUCGGCUCUUAUUGACUUGCCUAUAAAUAUUAAUACAAAUAAUUUAAUAGUGCAAAUUAUCAUUGAGUAAAUAGAAAUUGAGAUUAUACGCAAGGCUUAUCAUUGAUAUAAAAACAAGUGGUAGAUCGAAAAAAAAGAGAAUUCAUACUAUAUGCAAUAGAAUAUAUUAAACAUGUCUUUUAUAAACGUUAACGAAAUAAAGAUUUACGAGAACCAAGUCAAAGAGCAUGAUAUUUUAAAACAAAUCAUUGCUACUCGUGAUCAAGAAGAUGCAUUUUACAUAUUAGAUCUCGGUGAUGUCAUUAAAAAGCAUAGAAAUUGGCUGAAAAAAAUGCCAAGAGUUGUGCCACACUUUGCUGUAAAAUGUAAUCCUGAUCCAAUGGUGAUUAAGAUUUUAGCUGCUAUGAACGCGAGUUUCGAUUGCGCCUCGCAGCAAGAAAUUGAACAAGUUAUGCAGUAUGGUGUAACACCGGAUAAAAUAAUCUUUGCAAAUCCAACAAAGUCUCCAUCYCAUAUCAAAUUUGCCAAAAGCGUUGGCGUGGAUAAAAUGACAGUUGACAACGAAUUAGAGCUUUUUAAAAUAAAGAAUCUGUUUCCUGAAGCAAAAAUAAUUAUUCGCUUUCGAUGCGAUGGUAAUUCUAAUCACCCUCGAUUUAUCAGCCUUGGAGUCAAAUUUGGGUGCGAUCCAGGCGACGAAGCAAACAAAUUAAUACAAUUUAGCAAGAAUUUAGGUUUAACUUUACACGGAUUUAGUUUUCACGUUGGUAGCUCAUGUUACGAUUUCAAAGCGUACGCGUGUGGAAUUGAAAUAUGCAAGAAAUUGAUUACUUUCGCUAAAUCGAUAGGAUGUAAAGAUAUCAAAUUAGUAGAUAUCGGCGGUGGCUUUCCAGGAGAAAUUGAGUUUCAAAUCGACGAGCUUUCUCAUAUAAUUAAUGAUGCUAUUGAAGAAAUAGAUCCUAACAUACAAGUCAUAAGCGAACCAGGUAGAUAUUACGUGGCAUCAGCGUUUACUUUGGCUUCUUACUUACAUUCUAAGAAAACUAUGUUAGAGGAAAAGGGUCUAAGACAUGCGUACUACGUUAAUUGCGGAGUGUAUACUGGGUUUAUAGAAGAAUUAUUGAAUUUGAAUUCGCGGCAUCCAAUUUCAUUAUUCAAUCAGCCUGUAUCCGAUAAAAAAUAUUCUUCCACUUUAUGGGGACAGACUUGCGAUUCCUACGACUGUAUCAUCAAAGAUGGGUUAUUACCAGAAUUUCAAAUAGGAGAUUGGCUUGUAUGGAGCAACAUGGGUGCAUACACAAUUUCUCUAUCUUCUACAUUUAAUGGUUUUAUGCUGCCACAAGUUCAUCCUUUUAUCAGAAAAAGUCAAUGGCAAGAUUUUUGUGCCAUUAUCAGAUGCGACGUUAACAAUUGAUUGUACAAAUUGUUCGUAUAGAUUUGAAAAGAAGAUAUGAAUUUCGAUGAGAAAAGCAAUCUUGAAUUUAUCAUACUUUUAAUAUGUACCACGGCAACUCUUAUCUAAUGAAUUUAUGUAUUUGAAUCAUUUAAGUAUAUAUGUUUUUUUUUAAAUUUGUAAUCUAC